GAGUAUCUGACCCAGGCUGUUACAGCUGAGGAAGUAAGAAGAGUGGUUUUCGAUAUGCACCCCCAAAAGACACCUGGCCUUGAUGGCUUCUCCUCAAGUUUUUACAAGAUAACAUGGCACAUUACUGGAGCUGAUAUUACUAGAGCAGUGUUGGAUUCUUCACCUCAGGUACUCUUCCUAGUAAAGUGAAUUCCACAGCUGUGUCCUUAUGCCAAAAACUCCAAAUGCUGAUACUUUAAAGAAUUUUCGUCAUGUCUCCUGUGUAAACUUGUUAAACAAGAUAGUGGCUAAAAUUCUAGCAAAAAGAAUAAAGGACUACCACUAGUUAUUAGUAACACUCAAUAUGCUUUCAUUAAGGGGAUAAACAUCAUGAAUAAUAUACUGUUAGCACAAGAACUGGUCAAUGGGUAUCAUAGAGCUAAGUUGUCUUCUCGUUGUGCUAUAAAAAUAGACAUCAUGAAGGCUUUUCAUUCUAUGAAUUGGUCGUACUUGUUUCUUAUGGUGAAUGCUAUGGAGUUCCCUGAGAGCAAUGUAGUCAAAAUCGCGCUUUAAAACUUAAAAAUUUAUGAUUUUAAGUUUCUAGGUCACUAAAACGCUUCUACACAAAAAUUUAGUUUUUACAACUUACGUAGUUAAAAACUCCGCUUUAAAACUUAAAAACUUACGAUUUUACGCUUCUAGAUCACUAAAACAUUUCUACGUAGAAACUCGCUUUUGACUACAUUGCAUGAGAGAUUCAUGAAAUGGAUUAAAUGUUGCAUCCAAACUGCUCAUUACCGUGUUAAUGUCAAUGGAAGCUUGUGUGGGUUCUUUAGGGCUAGGAAGGGGGUAAGGCAGGGUGACCCUCUGUCACCCUACUUUUUCACCAUGGCCAUGGAAGGUUUGUCCUCAAUGCUUUUGAAAGCUAGCUAGUCAGAGGUUAUUCCUUACCAUCCACCAUGUAAAAUGAUUUCUUUAGAUUAUAUUUGUUUUGCGAAUGAUAUUUUGGUGUUUACUUUUGGGUCUGCUCAAGCUAUUCUUCAAGUGAAGGCAGUUUUGCAUCGGUUCAAUAAGAUUUCAGGGCUUCAGAGUAACCCAUCCAAAUGUGAGAUUUAUUUUGGUGGGGAAUGAGUGCAAUAUAAGAACAAUACCAUGCUUUUGUCUGGUUUUCAGGAGGGUAGUUUGCCAGUAAGGUAUUUAGGGCUACCACUGAUAACUGGGAUGAUAGGGAAAUUAUCAUCCAGGGAGGUUGAUGUUUUGGUAGAAAAUAUCACAAAGAGAAUAAGGUCAUGGAGGGCAAAUAAAUUGACUUAUGUAGGGAGAUUGCAGCUCCUUGAUUCUGUUCUGCUUGGGAUUUGUUCAGUAUUGGAUGCAAUUGUUUGUCUUGCCUAAGCAAGUCCUCAAGCGUGUGCAAAAAGUUUGUUCUCAUUUCCUAUGACAUGAUACUGAUGAGGGGUGGGCUAAAGUAGCUUGGGAAUCAGUAGCUUUUUCAAAAAGAGAAGGUGGUCUGGGAAUAAAAGACCUGCAGGCUUGGAACCAAGCUUUAACAAUUCGGAUGCUCUUGCUCUUUUUGAUGAAUUCUGGGACGAUCUGGGUGGCAUGGAUGCAUGAAUACAAAUGUAGACAAGGAUAUUUGUGGUCAAUGAGGGUACAUAUUAGUAUCUCUUGGACAUGGAGAUGGCUACUCGAGUUAAGACCUCUUAUCCAACCAUGGUUAAGAAAGCAGGGGGAUGAAAUUUAUUGGGGAACUGAUCUAAUGAUGGUUUACUCUGUAAAGAAGGUAUGGGAAACGCUGCGAUGUCGAGCUCAAGAGGUCUCCUGGCAUAGGCUUAUCUGGUGCAACUCUCCAUCAAGGUACAGUUUGAUUGCUUGGAUUCUUCACAAGAAUGCCAUUAUUACGAGAGACAAGCUCCAGAUUUGGGGUAAGAUUAAAAAUGCGUUGUGUCCAUUAUGUGGAUUGGAUAUUGAGACAAGAAAUCACUUAUUUCUGCAGUGCACUUUCACUUGCCAUGUUGCCUCUAUUCUCCAAUGCACUUUGCUUGCAUAUAGGGAUUGGGAUGCCAUGGUUUGUGACUUUGUGUUGUUAGCAAUGUUGUGCAAAGAACAGGGACAGACAUUUGCAUACCAUGGUUUGGUACAUCUUAAUGACCGUUAUAUGGAAAGAACGAUGUGUUGUGGUUCAUGGUUUAGUUUGCAAGAGUCCGGAUAAAGUUGCAGCUUUGUUGCAAUCGGAACUGAGGUAUAUCACUGCUAGGAAUACGAUGUUGCAAACUGGUUUAGAGGAGUUAUGAUACCUUUAAUUUCUCUUUACUUUAGUCUGAUUUGUUUGAUGUAAGUAGUAAUAUGAACACGACUGGUAGAAGGGGAUGUACCAUAAGAUCCUUUGAUCCUAUCUCGUUGUAUCGGUUACUUCUUUGAUCAAUAAAAGCAUCAUAUUCAACAAAAAAGAAAGUUGUUCUCGUCGUCACUUAUUUCUUUCGACCGACUAUCUGCUCUAUUACUCUUCAUCAUAUGCCGACAGCUGAUUGCCAGAGCCUAGCAACUAUAAGCCUUAAACCUCCUCGUAUAGAAACAACAAACAUCAUCAUUCACAAAUGAUAGUGAUUAUUCAGGCAAUAUGUUUUAUUCACGCAUGUGGUUAUUUAUUUCCUAGAUUUAUCUCUUGGGUAAAAGAAUGUGCCACAAUAGUGUCAUACUCGGUUCUUCUUAACGGCUCCCCAUCUGAGUACUUCAGACCAUCAAGAGGACUAAGUAAGGCGAUCCACUAUCCUCCCUUCCUUUUGCCAUCUGUGCAUAAAGAUUGUCUAGUAUGAUAAGGAAAGCUAUGUCCUUAAGAUACCUGAAAGGAAUCAGAAUUCAAACCCUUUGCCCAGUAGUCUCUCAUAUCUUCUUCGUAGAUGACUCAUUCAUAUUCAUAGUUGCUCCCCCAGAAUAUUGCACAACUCUCAUGUCGCUUCUCCAAGCCUAUGAGGAGUUGAGAGGUCAACGAGUAAACUUAUAUAAAUCAGUCAUCCUAUUCAGUCAAAAUACAGAUCCUAUCGAGACACAUAGUAUGGGUGCUCAGUUGGGAGUUGGCAGCAUAGGAGAACAAGACUCAUAUUUAGUUCCCUAAGGAGGAUAAGCUUAUCAAGAGGUUACAAGGGGGGGGGGGGGGGGGGGGGGAACAAUGUUCCCCGUCCGAAGUUGGGAAAGACGCCCUCAUUAGGUCCUCAACCUCUAUCAUACCAGUCCUUGAAAUGUCAUGUUUCAAACUCCCCAAGAAAAAUUGUAGACGUCUUAACGAUUAUGUGGCGAGAUUUUGGUUGGGAACUGUAGAGAAGACAGAUCAUCCAAUCCACUAGUUGUCCUGGAAAAUCAUAGCUCAUAGUAAGGGUUGAUACUUUACCCAAUUCUCAAUAUUAGAAGCCUCAAUUAUGCUUUGAGUCUCAAUCCAUUGAUAUGAUCAUAAGGAUUCCUCUACAUCGCCUCCCACAACAAGAUACUAGAGUGUGACACUACUCUGAGGAUGGAAAAUACACAGUCAAAUUGGGCUAGCACCUAGCUCUGGUAUCAACACUCGCUAUUGAUAUGGCAUCCCUGGAGCAAGGAGCUCCACGAGGUAAAAAUCAAGCACACCAGGAUGCAGAGCCCCAAAAAGCCAAUAAAACAUGCCUAUCAGAGACACACAUGACAAACUCAAACGAACAACCAAACUCUUCAACUAAAGCAUCAAAGUUAUUAUUCGGGAAGUUUUCAUGUGGGGAUCCCAUAGAGCGAGAGCCGAAGUGGAAGGGAGAGGUUGAGAGGGAGCAAAGAGGCAAAGGCAUAGGAUACUUCAAGAAACUUGGAAAGAAGACUCAUGAGAACAUGCAUGUGAUUGUGUGUAUUCAAAUUUCAAACCCCAUUUUUUUCUUUUAGAUUUUAAGAUUUUGUAUAACAGACAGAAAUAUUGGAGAAUAUAUAUUUGAGAAUGUU